AUUUCCGGUCGCCGUCUAAAACAUUCUCCUUUUGGGUACUACUAACUCCGGACGAGAGCGAAAGAUCGAGAGAGAAAGAAGAAAGAUGAACGUAGUUCAAGGUUUGAAGAGGAUCCCUCGCAUCAAAUUCCCACAGCGUCAUCUCAACCCUUCAGCUUCGGAGGGAAAGACUCAGGUGGUGGCAAAUGAAGCAGAUACAUUGUUCUUCUCCAGUUUGAACGCCCCAAAGACUAUAGGCGGGAAGGCAUCAUCCCAGCCUAAGCGUACUCCUGUUUCAAACGAAGAGAUGGAAGCCAUUUUGUUGGGAGGCUGCCUCUGAUCUUGAAUAUGAUCUGUUGAAGAGAAAUGGUGGACCUUUUCUUCAUCUUUACCAAGAAUAUAGAAGAAACUGAUGGUUGAUGUUUACAACACAACCCUUGAUACAAUUAUAUAACUCCGUUUUGCUGUUUUAAAAGUUUUUAACUUUUAUACAGAUUCACCAUUUGAUUGGGUGCAUUCCACUCACUAUUAUUUCUGUAUGUUUGGAAUUUCAUCGUUUAUUCAUUUUUAUAUCACA